GGGCUUUGGCGCGUUAUGUGCAAAGAAAGCUGAGUUUGCUUGAUAUUUGGAGUGGUCCAUUUGUUUCAACUCGUGAUGAACUUCGCAAAGGAGUAUCUCUCUGUGAACAUUGGGUGACUGUAUGUGAAACUCUAACAUCUCAUUUCUGGAAACGCUUUCCAUUACAUCCUUGGGAAGGUGACAAGCUUACACCAACUGUUACUGUACAGUUGGCGGCCAGGCUGGAAGAGGUACACGUAUAAUAAACAUACUGUAUUUAUGUUGUUGUGGUAGCAAGCUUGUAAUGUUCUACAGUAUGUUCUGAGUUGCGAAUGCAUAUCAAGCCUAUGUCUUAGAAAACCUCUGAGUCCUGACUUAAAUCGAACAAUGUAACCUCCUGUAACAUGUCUGGAUCUUUGUUUAUGAACUGCAUUUCUACAGCAUGUUAUUUGUUGUUGCGCAUGCUGGGUUGUAAUGUUAUAUGAAACGAGCUGAGGUAAUGAAAAUGAACUGAAGAUAACUUGCACUGAGGAAACUAGGCCUCAUACAUGUAACAUAUCUUACCCCGCACUUCGGAUGAGGGCAUUUUAACUUACUUGCAGAAAUUAAUGGUUGUGGACUUGUGGUGUUAGAACUCAGGUAAAUUAUUUUAGAUGACGCUAUAUUCUAAGUGGUUCCACACCGGGCAAGCUGAAAAUUGCUUGACCUCGGUGGGACUCGAACCCGCGACCUUUUGUUUGCUAGCCAAACGAGCUACAGUAUGGUCAAGUCCAUUUGGAUCGAGUAUCUAGGUGACACUUUGGGAGUCUAGUUCCUUCGAUGUUUCUUCCUGAGUUAUAAUACCACUGAAUCAUUAGAUUUACGAUCAUAAGAUAUUAUUACAGAUGUCAAAGGAUUCGAUAUAUUUACCUUAGUAUACACCUUACAUUGGCAUUACCGUAAAUAUACAUGAGCUUGCGGUUAGAGCUCGACAACUAGACUCUGUAGCUCAGUUGGUUAGAGUGCUGCACUGGAAUCGCAGGGCGACAGGUUCGAUUCCUACCAGAGGGCCUAUAGUUGCAUUUUUCGCACAUUCCCAAAUAUUACGUACUUGAACCGACUUCAACCUUGUAGCUCAGUUGGUAGACCACUGGACUAGCAAGCCACCCCGCGGUCAAGCAUUUUUCAGUUGAGCCACUCAGAGUACCAUCAUCUAUGAUAUUUUCUAACAUGUCUUUGUACUUAUUGAAAGCAGUUUCUGUACGAUCGCUACAUCCCGAUUUUCUUACCAGAAUAGGUACUACCCAUCAUCACCAAAAAUGUUAAAAAUUUCUUCUCCUGCAUUUUUAAGGUGGUAACAUUACGAGCCGUUCACGAGCAGCUGACCCAUUUACUCAGUGUAGCCGAGUGCCAACAACUGAAAACAUCUGAAGCAUUCUUACCCUUCUCUGGCCUCAAUCCCCUUCAUUACAAUCCGUAUACAGAACCUCUUUGGAGAGCUGCUGUUGUACAGUAUGAAAAGGCUAUGAUGCCUGCUGAACAGAAAAUUGCUGGCAAAUUAAGAGAUCAGUUUCGGCAGCUUUCGGCUCACUCUCAUCAGGUGAGGUUUACAUUUGUACAUUUGAAUCCUACUUAUAGUUAAUAUAUUAGUAACAUUUUACGUGUCCACCUACUUUAUAGUAAGGUGUAUCGAAACAUUUUGCAUUUCUUACAAAUCCUGCUUACAUCCAGUGAGCUCUAUAUAUGUAUCUGGAGCAAGAAUUCAGUCAUUCGGCUUAUGAAUGAGAAUAGUGAAUUCAAGAUGGCGAACAUUGAUGUCGAAAAUCUAAAAGGUCUGCAGCACUGGAACUAACGUCCAUUAGCUCCACCUUGGACAUGAGUUCUCACUCCAGAUAUAGAUGUAUAGCUCACUGCUUACGCAGUGGAAAAAUAAUGGAACGUGAAUAUGACUCCUCGCAGAAAAUGUUAAACAGUUGCAGGACCUUUUUAGAUUGAAGAUUUGCAACUUGAAAAUUUGAAGGAAACCAUAUCACGUGUAUAUGUUCCACUACCGGCCCAACAACCUGUGGUUGACGUGCAUCUUUCCGUAAAUACAAAAAGCAUGGCCAACUAGGAUACUAUGUUUAUAGGCACAGACUUUUGCACAAAAAAAUGCUCAGUUGGUUUGCUCCCAAGAAGAAAAUUAUUUUCUCCAGCCCUGGGAGUGGUUGUGAAAUACACUAAAAAUCUAUUUUCAGAUUACGAUUAUCAAAUACUUGUAACUCGUCAGACGUAUUGUACCCCCCCCUGUUUAUUUCUAUUAAUAAACCUUGAAUAACCUUUCCACUGCAAUAAAUAAUCUUAAAUAACUUUUCCACUUCAAUAAAAUCAUCAAAAAGUAUCUCUAGCUUUGAAACCAAAAUGAAGCGAAUAUACUAUUGAAUUAAUUUCAGCCAUUGAAUUAAUUUUAAAACCAUUGAUAAUUUAUAUAAUAUAUUUAUAUAGUGCAUGCACACGGCUUAUUGGAUGAUCACCUUUUUCUCUUUCCUUUCUUUUUUAUUUCUAAUUAAUAUCAUUGUAAAUAAAUAAUCCGGUGAAAUAGUCCAACAAUAGGGAUCAAAUAGGAAAAGUCCUCUUCCGAUUGGCAGUGCAGUUUAGAUUGCACUAAUGGUUACUUGUCUUGUAUGCAUAUAGCUGUUGCGAGAGUUCCAACGUUACAAAGAAUUGGUAAAAAGAUCUAGUAUUAAAAAAGAACUUGCACCUGAAAGGUAUGUAUUCUACUGUUUGGAAUUUUGCACUAUCUGGGGAAUAUGCGUCGACAGAGAAUACUUUUUUUAUUGCUGUAAAAAGCAAUGGCCUGCCGAUAGUUUGAAAACCGACAAAAUGUUCUUGCAGAAAGCAAAAUACGAUUAAAAAACAAAACGUUGAUAUUAAUUUUCCUUUGUUUUAAAGAGGACCAUCACAACUCUCUCACUUAUUUUGUUUUCCUACAAGAUGAUAUUCGUUUUCUUUUAUACAUUUACAUUAGCCCUUUCCAUUGUGGAGCUUACUGGUUUUGCUAUUGUAUAUAUCAUAGAAUGGAAAUUGUAUGGACCUUUAUUGGAAAUAGAAUGGAUUUUGAUUAUCCAUAUAAUAAGUGUAUAUUUCCAUACUAUGGAUAUAGUAUCGAAAUAGUAUGGAUAUACUAUGGAUUUAGUGCACAUGUAAGUGCAAAUUUCAUAGUGUGGAUUUCACAUUUUUUCCCAGUAUCAUAUACUCUUGGCUCCGUAUAGACUAGAAAAUAAGUGUUGCAAGGAUUUUAUCUCGGUACUCUGUGUUUUAGGGAAACACUGCUUGGUCAAUUGACAGUGCAUAUUAAAAGUAUUCAAGAAGACUUUUCAUCGAAAAGUGGAGGUUAUUCUGGUAGUAGUUCUGAAGUUCCUAAAGGAAAGAAUUUACCUGAUGUUGUGAAUAGUAUUGUUUGGGUUAGCCAGCUUCAAGCAAAGGUAUAUUAUUACUUAGGUCAGAUGUAAAACAUAUUCAUACAAUGUCGUUAUGAAAAUGGUCAGAUGUACGGUAGAUGCAGAUGUUGCUUAUGUAGGAUCAUAGACAAUCCAGAAGACAAUGAGACAAUGUCUUCUGGAUUGUCUAUGGUAGGAUUGAUGAAACCGAGAGUUAACACAGAGAGUUAAAUCAAUUAGCCUUUCUCACGAUGAUGAAUAAAAUAAUAUAUAUAAUAUUAGAUGACGGGUGGCAUCUAAUUCUCGUUAACCAUGCAAUGCAGACAAUUAAAAAAAUGUGAAAAGCAAUUUUUCAAAAUAAACUAACCAUUUACAAAGCAAAUUUACCAUUAUUCGUCCACAGAAUUAUAAAACGUCGCUGUUAUGUCGACUUAUCUCGCAGACUUCGGCCAGAAUGCCACCCAAAAAUGGCGGCGUGAGAAAGGCUAAUUGGCUAACAAUUUCGGACAGUUGAAGGUUGUCGGAGUAGUAUUUUUCAAGUGGAACUUUGAGCGCGCUUGUGCUGAAGUUUUGUGUGUUUACACCCGGUGGUUCGUCACUAAAAUUCCGCUUCUAACCAGGCGGAAAAUAUUUCGCCCUAAACAUUUAAAACAAAAAAUUGACUUACUGUCGAUGGAAUGGAAGUGUUGAUAAAAUAUUGCAUGAAUUCAUUUCCUCAAGUUGAUCAAUCCAUACGAAUUCGAAUUUUUACUUCCUGUGCGUUUCCUAUUGGUCAAUCGGUUCUGAAACGAAAUCUAAUUGGCUCAUGAUCUAAAAGUAACAGGAAGUUGAUCAAACUGCCCAUUCUUUCUUGUGUUGGAUGUGUACAAAAAAGAGUUAUCGUGCUAAAUUGAAUUCCCUCGCCUAAGAGAAUAUCGUAGAGUUUAGAGUAUAGUAAGAGUAAAAGAAUGUAACAAGUGAAAGAAUGACAAAGGAAAUCGAACCACAGAAAUUAAGAAGACACACAAGAUGUUAUGAAAAAUCGGACUUUAAACUCUCCGAUUUAAAUCUCCAGUAUACUACAUAUACAGUUCACCACUAUUCGGGCUUUUCUCAAUAUCGUGUUUGUUUAAUACAGGGUUUUUUGCCAUCUCACAACCCCUACUAAACCCCUCAACAUUUGUUCAGUAUAUACUGUAUUCGAAUCUGAACAAAGAUCCUUGCCCACUGAACAAAGAUCCUUGCCCACGACUUUAUGGCUGAAACGUUGCGCCUUUAUCAUUUGCUGUUGCUAGGUUACAGAAACGCUGAAGACGGCAGAGACACUUCUAGGAGAUUUAUCAGGUUUCCAGUCCUUUAAGAAACAAGCAUCAGACCUUCAUGACGAGUUAAAGUUGUAUCAAAGAGAACAAUUUGAGUCUUGGUCAAAUGAAAUCCAAAGUGCUAUUGAUAAUCCAAAUGACUCUCUGAGGUAAGGCCCAAUAAAUCGUAACAUUUCUCUGGUGUGACAGUUACAAAGUAGCGUUACUUUGUCUAGCUUGGCAAGCGCAUUUCUUUGGAUUCCUGUAUCUGAAACAAACGAGGGUUCAAUCAUUGCUGGAAGGUUUAUAGUUAUAGUUAUAGUAAUAAUGGUGUGGUGCAUGUACUCAGGUGAAGAUAUUUGAGGUGAUACUACUUUUGAGUGUGUCCGUACUGGGCAAGCUGAAACGUUUGCUUGACUGCGGCGGAAAUUGAACCCUCGAUUUUUGUUUACUACUUCAUGCACUGUUCUACCAACUGAGCUUCUAGGUCUCUCUCCUCUGCAUGCAGUAUUUACAAAUAACUUACAUGAAGUAAAAUAAGCUGUAUAGCCAUGUACAAAUAUGACGCGUAUUUGCGUAUUUUCAAUGUCGCGUAUUUGCGAAGAAAAGUGUUCAAAAUUACUUUGUUUUAACUUUAUUUUGCAGUUUACACAUUUAACCACCUUUCUAAAUGUAUAUCUGGCGGUUGAGAAACACAAAAUAAUAGUUCAAUAUUGUCACUUUAAAUACAAUUAUUAUUCAUUGAUGCUGUAAAAUUGACGCCAUAUUUAUACAGCAAUAUACAUGUAAGCAAACCUUACUGAACUUCAGACUUAAUUUUAUCUUUGGCAUACCUUCUAAAAUAUCUUCAUUUUAACAUUAUUCUACAGAUAAAGCUUACUUUUUAAAUAUGAAGUAUUAAAACGUAUCAAAAAUUUAAAAAAUAAUUCCGUAUAGUCAUAACCAAGUGGGAAAAUAUAUUCAUUAGUUUUGAGCGCGUGUUAUGUAACAUACAAAAGAUUCUCCUUUUAAUGUGUUUUAGUUUACAAACAAAUGGGAGACUGAUGGAGUUGAGUCAUACAGAUGGCAAACUGAAAGUACAUUACAGCGAACGUCUUGUGACAUUAAUACGCGAGGUUCGUCAGCUUGCUGCUCUUGGUUUUCCCAUUCCUGGUAAAAUACAAUCAACUGCCGAUGUUGCGAACAAGUUCUAUAGACAUGGCGUAAUUUUAAAACAGGUAAAGUGCUUUUGGUACGAGAUAUACAGUUCUUGUUCGUAUUGUUAGUGUUUCGCCGCCACACAUACAUGUGCCCAAAAUUUCUCCUCUAUUCAAUACACGCUUUCAGAAAGUACACCGUCAUUGCAUGGUCUUUUAAAGGUCUUUUUAUUAUUUCCCUGCAUGUGAUGUGAUGUGCUAACCAUGUCAGCAAUCACGAAAAUAAGUUGACGAAGUUAAGACCUUUACUAAAAUUUGUACAAAUGGGUUGAUUUUGCAAACCUGGUUACCUUUAAAAUCGCCACCUAUACGCCAGGCUACAUUACUGUAAAAAUGGCUUGCGCACAAAAAUGGAAGGUUUAAAACGUGGUUUGAAUUGAUAGCCAUAGGAAGCAAUUUUAAAAUCUUCUUUACAGUAUGUAUAAACUAUCAAAAUACAAGACAACUUGAUGUACAUUAAUUCCAUAAACUACCCAUAUUCAUAUAUACAAGGUGUAUAAAAAAAGGUAAUCGAACUUCGGCGCGCCAUAUUGCAUCUGAAUUACUCUGCGUAUGACCGAGAUUUUUUCAUAUUCGGAAAGAUCAGGCUUUCAGCUGUUGCGUGAUAUGUUCUUCAUGCCGAAUGGAUAAAAAAUUAGCAAAUUCAAGAAAUUGUAAACUAAGGUGUUCGUCGCUUUGAGGGCCCUUUUCGAGUUGGGGGCCCGGAGCAAAGUGCUCUCGGCGGCCAUGCUGGAUGCAUAAAUGCACUUUAUUUUUUGUUAUAUAGGUGGCUCAUUUUUAUAACACAAUCGACCAACAAAUGAUUCCCAGUCAACAAGCAAUGAUGUUAGAUUCUGCUCUUGCGUUUGAAAAGCUUGUCAAAAAUCCUAAAUCCAAUUCCCGAAGUAGCGAUAAAAAGACCCAAGUUACGUGGGACAAUCCAACGGAACUGGAAAACUAUAUUAACAAGUUACAAAAGGCUGCUGAUCGUUUAACAACAGAAAAUAGGAGGCUGAGAAAAUGUCACCAAGUUAUUGGAGAAAAGGUACUACCAGGGAUGUCCAUAGCAUAAUUCAGACAGUAAUCGAGGACAGCCCAUAUCGUUCCGUUUAGGAUGUUUAGAUGACCUAACCCCUACCAGUAUUGCAUCAUGUUAAGUAUCAAAAAUCCCCGAUCAUCGCUUCGACUAAUACAACUAAGGAAUGUAUUUUUAUUAAAUUAUACUAGAGCCCUUAGGGUCUACGACGGCAACGUGACGACGAAGGCUAGUAACACAAUGAAAUUAAUGAUAUUUAAGAAAAGAAAUGAACAAUUAAAAUCCCACGGGAGAUUUGUACGUUGUCGGUCGUCCAUGGUCUGUUUAUAACCGGUAAACCAGCGUCAAUCAUUACUGAUUAACUUAGCUAACAGUUGUACAACCCUGUAAGUUCUUUAGAGUGCACCGUAAUGGCUCGCAAUUGUGAAGAACAACAAAACCACCUUACCUUAUUAAAUAUUAACAUAAUAAACGAAAUCUAACAACUUUUUCUCUUCCCUUCGGAGUGGUUCUACUGUAUCUUCAAAUGUCUUGCCAAUGUGAGAACGCAUUUAAUGUCUUAGGUCCAACGUGCUGCCACCUUUUAGAUUUAAGAUUUGAUUGUGCAACUAUUAUAUGUAUAAUCCAAUAACUCUCAUAUUUGCGUGUCGUAAUAACGGCUGCAGUGCUUUUCAGGAAUGAAACUCUGUAGAACUUUAAGCAAAUUUACAUAAACUUUGAGGCAUAUAUGUUUUGAGGACUGAAAUUUACAACGAGUGCAGAACAGGGAUGUAUAUUGGCAACCUAAAUUGAAACCCCAUGCCAUUAUUUUCGUCAAACAAUGUGCUGAUUGAAGAUGAGUAAUGUAUGCAAUAUGUGGUGUAUAUACUUACAUAUUACAUGACAAUAUAUAUCAAAUUGUCCCUCAAGGUUAUCCAGUUGAUGAGUAUUGACUUAUUAAGACAACAAUCACGAUGGAAGGAAGGCCUACUGGAAAUCAGGCAGAUUAUUGCAAAUCUUGUACAACAGGUAUGACUGUGUGUCAAUUGCGAAUGUAUUUUAUUGAUAAUUGCAUUAUUGUUGUGGCCUUACGUUGAAUGUAACACUUACAAUGCAGUUGAGCCAACCAAGUGUUCCAAUGAACUAACACAAAACAGUGGCUCACACUGUAUACUAGAAAUACAUGCAUGCAACAACUCCUCGCCUAUAUUUUCCAAACAUUGUUUCAACAUGAAGUAUUCGUACGUAAUUACGCCAACACUGAACGCAGGCUCGCGUUGCACGUCAUGCAUGUUAGUCAUGGCAACACGAAAUUGUUUUUUAAUUUUUUGUACAACUGAACCGGGAAAAAAUAGAUGAAAUUUGAACACUUUUAAAUACAGAACUAUAAAUUUCUAAAAUAUAUAAAGUAGGUAUAAUAUUUUGGUUUUUAUGGGCUUUAUUUUAAUGUAAAAUUCAAAACGAAACUCUACGUAAAACGUUUUUAAAUGUGAAUUGAAAUUAACUGCUUUUUGCCGAUAUUUAUAAACUUUUCAACUCGAGCUUCAACUUAUUACUCGCACAUUGUCACUGAAAUGAAACAAAUUUAAUUCGUACAGGACGCUAAUGAAAAUAAUUUGCUUUCCUUUUUAUCAUGAACUUCUAGAAAAGUUAAUUUAACUAAGAAACUUUCGCAAACAAUGCAUAGGAAAGACUUGAACAUCAAGAACAAAGUCUAUAGUAUUAAAUACAAGGUCAUACAUAAACAAUUGAAACAGACUUGCCCUAUAUUUUAGGAUUUAUCAUACAAUAUCAAUUCUUAUCAAUGUUUACGUUUAAAAAUUACAAAAAAGUUGUACAAUUUGUUAUGUGAAACGAUUUUCCAAGCUUUCUUACAUGUAUUUUUUUAUAUUUUCUGCAUUCUUCACUCCUGGCAAACAGCCAUAUUCUGAGAUCAGUGAUGACCACCCACUCAACACCGUUGGUGAGCGCCCGCGAUAUUUGAUGAACUUUAAACUUCGCUAAUGCUUUCGUUUCCCCGGGUGUAAAUAGCCGGGGGGAAUUAGUACCCUCGCAUGGCGCUUCGCGCCGUCGGCUCGGGGAUAAUACUGUUCAUGAUGGAUGUAGUACACGCGUAAAAACGCACAAAUUCUAACAAACCUGCAGAAGACUUGUAGCAAUGCCAACAACAUGGUGUGUUCGCACUGCAUGUUCCCGGCUUGUUGACAAGUUCUCAACGGCUUGUUUACAACUUACUACAAAGUUGUUGUGCUCAACAGACUUGUUACAAGUUGUUCAACAACUUGUUAUCGUCCUGCAAUUUAACAAUUUCAAUUUGUGAACAAGCUGUGAGUGACAACCUUGUAGUAAAAUGAUGAAGUAACAGCAUUGUUACAACUUGUUGACAAGCUUGCUACAAGCCUCUUUCGAGCACAUCUUGUAUACUUUCGGCAAAUUUGUAAUAAGUUCAAUUGAAGAAUGCGAAGUGUUACUAACUAAGGCAACCAUGCACAAAUAACAAGAGUACUUUUUCCUUGAGUGGAAGGUAUCUCAUUUCUCUUAUUAUCAUUAGGGUUUUAAAGCAGAUAAUAUGAAACCGUGGAAGAUGCAUUGGGAUCGUCAGUUGUAUAAAGCAUUGGAACACCAAUAUCAGUUGGGACUGGUAGCACUUAACCAAAAUCUUCCUGAAAUUAAGAUUGAGCUCAUAUUCAAGUAAGAAAACUUGUUAAAGCAUUACAGUACAAAUAAUGGGACAUUAGAUUAGAGAUAGAUCACGCAGAUAUGUACCACUAAUGGUACAUUAGAUAUAUGCCAUUAAACGUGUGUAACAGCAGCCGGACUUACUGUUGUUCCAAUUGAAGUGUUCCUCAAAUAUUGAUUCAAUACAUUACCUCACGGUGACCAAUUCAUUUCAUCAAGUUCCUCGAGAUAUUCAUACACUUCCUGUGAAAGAGCCAAUUCCAAGAAUUUGAUCAUUUCUGGUCACUUCCUUUCUAUUUAUGAUUGGUUAGUUGCACAAACAACAAAGGUGAUUGGUGCAUUCAAACUAUUCAACAGGAAGUUUACAAUUAUACUAGGAAGUGUAUGAAUAUUUCGAGGAACUUGAUGAAAUGAAUUGCUCAGCCCGAGGUAAUGUAUUGAAUCAAUAUUUGAGGAACACUUCAAUUGGAACGACAGUAAAUCUUGGCCAGGGCUGAAAACGUUCCUCGUGCAGGGUUCCCUCUAUAGCAUAUAUUACUAACAAUAUUUCUGUCCGCGUUAGUAUAGUUUAGGGAAAUGAUUUUCUUUGUGAAUAGCAUGCUGUGUGAACUUACAUGUUGUCAGAGAAUACUGUACGAUAGAAAUCCAUUAGCUUUGAUUUGUCAUACUUCAACUCAAGGGCGGAUUUUCAGUUUUUUAAAAGGAGGGGUGGAAAAAUUUCUAGUGGGGGUGCAAGCGGCACUACUGAGCGAGCUUCGGCAGGGGUUAGGCGUUAUGGUUAAAGACUUUCACACAAAAUAAGAGGGGUGAAGGGAAAUUUUGGCGUGGUUGAACACUUUAUAAGAGGGGCUAGAGAGAUUCUAGCGGGGUUAACCCCCUCCCCCAGUAAAUCCGCCCAUGCUUCAACUCUCACGAGAAAACCGCAACACUGGGUUGUCAACAUAAGUUGACUCAAGCGGAAUUCGCGAACUCGCAUGUAAGCGCACGAGGUAUAAUUCUCGGGACUUAUUAACUUGAACAUUAUUUCAGGCAACAGAAACUGCAAUUUCGCCCGCCGUUUGAAGAAGUUCGUGCUAAAUACUACCGAGAAAUGAAAAAGUUCAUAUCGAUUCCUUUACAUUUCCGUGGAGUGAGUGACGACACGAGUAUUUAUCCUCCACUUAUUGAACAUCACGCCUCAGCGUUUUCGGUAGUGUAUGCGAAAGCUGAAGAGCUGUUUACUCGGUUAUCAAAAAUACUGGAUGACUUUAAGGACUGGGUUAUACUUGGCGUGGUUGAUAUUGAUGCAAUGGUCGAUGAACAUCUUCAGUCCACAAGUGAUUGGGAGAAAAAUUUUAAGGCGCUUAAAGCUAAAGGAAGAGAAGCGGAAAAAUUACCAGGGUACGUUUGUUUAUGCUAUAGGCUUGUCGGGGGUGAACACACAUGUAAACCUUUGCAAUAAAAUCUUCGCAAUGAAAACGGGCAAUUUAUGCUAUCAUGUAAUCUGCAAGGAAGUGGAAGGAGUGGAGCGAUUCAUACAUUAUCGUAGAAUAAAUUCUGUACUGCGUGCAAUGGGGCUUCGGUGGCGCGGUCGUCAGAGCAAGCGCCUUCUAUCUCUGGGUUCGAUCCUGGCUACGGAUUCAUAUGAAAAGAGUCAGUCAACGCUCUGCUGAAAUUCUUGGAUUUUCUCCGGUUGCUCCGGUUUCCUCCCACAGGGAAAGUUGACAGGGUGGGUUAGGAUAAGUAUAGGUAAUCACACGGGAAGGAGUGCAAUUAAUGAUUAACACUACGAGUGAUAUUUGAAAAAUGUGCCAAAAUUGCACGAGCCGCCGAGGCGAGUGCAAUUUGGCACAUUUUUCAAAUAUCACGAUUAUUUAUUUAUUAUAUGCAUGACAAAAUCGCUUUCUUUACAUUUCAAUUGCAUUUUGUCAAGAGUUUUUAAUUCUUUUGUAAGCAAUUUGGUAUAAACAAACUUGGGAAAUGAUUACAAACUCAUAAAGGCACAUAACUUAAACUAGAACACAAGAUUAAAACUCAAACAACAUAUUUUAGACUAAGAAAAUCUUUAUAAAUUGUAUUUCAAACUUACAUAGUCACGUUUCGCUGCAUCCCGCCAAGAUUAUUCCUUAAAACUGUGUCCAGAUAUUUUCCACAGGCUCUUUUUGCCAUACAAUGUUUUUUAAACUCAUUCUUGUGCCAAAAUUCAGUUAAAUUCGUCCACAUUUGUUAGAAAUACUUAUCUAAAUUUCGCCGUCAUAUUCCAUUUAGAAAUACUUAUCUAAAUUUCGCCGUCAUACUCCAUUCGCGAAAAUUAUUAAUUGCACUCCUGGAGAGUGCAAUUAAUGAAAUAAUUGCACUCCUCUGAACCAAUCAGAUUGCAGUAAUUUUGUCAUGUAUAUAAUAAACGCAGUUGAGAAAGUAGUAUGUCACAAUUGUUGUAAGGAUAAAAUAAUUACUUGAUGUAAAGCGCAUUUGAUCAUAUCCACAUGUCAAUUUGCGCCAUAGAAAUGCUAAUCGUAAUGCCCUUGAUGAGAGUCGAUGAGGGUUGGAGGUCAAACGCGAUUGUAGAGUUGAAAGUUUUAUCAACUCCCAUCCUUGUUGGAUUGGGGCUAUCUUACUUCUGUAAUUGACGCAACCCUAGAUGAUGAAAAAUACAAAACUCCAACGGAUCCGAUGAAACCAAUGAACUUGUUCUUGUGAAAGAUUAUUAAUUCCCCGAUAAAAACAACAACGUAUGCAUGGUCCAAAACUAUUUCAAGUAGACCAAAUUAUUUUUUUAGGUCUAUUAAAGUGGACUGUAUUACAGUUUCAACAGCGCCAGUGAAGACAACUAUUGACGAUCUCAUUCAACAAUUAUUUGAUGCGUUGCUCAAUUCGUUGAGACGAAAUAUAGUUAAUCAUAUACAGACAAUUGAUAAUUUUGUCACUGAGGGGAUGGAGUCUUUAUCCACUAGACCACAAACCGUGGAGGAGAUAGGUCUGGCGAAUGCAAAGCAUGAAGAGUUGAGCAAAAAGAUCCCUGAAGUAAGUCUAUGUGCGUAAUUAAGAUCUUGAUUUUCGAUUUGGUGGUUUCUGAGUGGUUCAUAAUUAAUCUACACUGUCAGGUUGUUUUGUACCUCACGGACACUAGUAAUCCAGUGUAUAAUUACCGAUACUGCAUGGACCCGACCGAUUAUGAGUAUUGAGUUCCAGUGCAUGUAGACAGAAACCCUGAAUCUUUUAAAUAAAUAAUAUUAGUCGUUGUUUUACGGCUGUCCUUGCUAUCAGAAAUGGGUCGGUGGGCUUCAGUUCUCAUAUCCCAAACAUCAUGAUUGCCACUGUUGAAAUGAUUGGCAACACGUCGUCAAGCCCUUUGCUUAAACAUCUCGUUGUUUCUGCAAUGUAAUGCUACAUUUGCUAUAUGAUAUACUUGUGAAUUUACUGCAGAUUUAGGUACAAAAAUGUGGCAUUAGGUGACGACGAAUCUUGUUAUAGGAAGCUAUGGACUAAAGCUUCGCGGAUAUGCAGGGACGCCGGAACUGGGGGGCAGAGGGGGCGGCUGCCCCCCUUGCCUUUUGCUAGGGGGGGGGGCAGGGGGGGGGCAGAAGUGCCCUUUUAGUUGUAAAAUACUACGUGAUAAAUCACAUUUACAACGAUGAUUUCUGUCCGAAAAUCAUGAGAUUCAGACAAUUGAUAGUUUAUAUUUGACUUUUGGUAUGUCCGGAAAAAAUUUUUGACCCCUAAAAUGGUACACUGACCGAAAUUUUUUUGGCAACGGGGGGGGGAGGUCGAAAAUUUUCGAGUUAAACAAAAUGUUCCGGAAGAUUUUGAAGUUUUUCUUUAUAGAGGUGCCCUUGGUGUGGGUCGGCGUCCCUGCGGAUAUGUUUCCUGUUACUUAAUAGGACACUCUAUCAGACAUGUAGAUAGAACCUUAAAAUCUUACAGCAAUACUAGUACUGAUGCUUUGUUCGCCCUAAAUUCCGUCAACCGCGUCCUACUGAACUAGUUUGCCAAAUACUACUCUCCUUCAUACAGUUACUGUUUGAGUUCAAUUUGUGAGUAGAUCAGUAGAUUAUAUUUAUAAAAGUCCAUUUUUUCACUUAUACAUUUAAACUAGAUUCAUCCACUAUUUGAAAAAGCGGAAUCAAAGAACAAGUUACUGCGUUCAACAGCUGGUGAAGGAAUUGAUCAGAUUGGCCAGUUGAAAGGAAGAUGGGAUAAAUUUGAACUGAUGAUGGAAAGUCAUGAACUGAUGGUCAAAGAACAGGUAUGCUUGCUUGAGUGUACACUCUGAUUUGCGGCCAAGAAAAAGGUACAGAGAAACCAGGCUGUGAUAAUGAAUGAUUGCAGCUACAGACGAAAUUUUGAUCUAGAGACGAAGAACGAAAUCCAUUACCAUGGCUGGAAAGAGCAUCUUAAAAUGAGUAAAAUUGCAAAGUUUGGUUGCGAAUUGUUGUAAAAUGAGGAAACUAUAGCCCUGUGAAGUUCGCAAAUUUUGUAUAUAUUUGCAUUACGCCCGGAAAAAUAACCAUUUUUGAGCAGAAAGUGGUUAUUUUACCGCGCGUAAUACAAUUAUAUAGGAAAUUUGCGAACUGCACAGGGCUACAGUGUAUAUUUUCUUCAUUUUACAACAUUUAGCAACCAAUCUUUGCAGUUUUACUCAUUCUAAGAUGCUCUUUCUAGUUGUGGUGUUGGAUUUCGUUCUUCUUGCCUUGAUCAAAAUCUAGUCAAUAACUGGAAUCACCCAUUCGAGAUUUUUAGUCGUACUUGACUGGUACUUUAAUACAACUAUUGCCUCGCACUUGAGCUGGUACAAACUUAAGACUGAAGGUGUACUUAGUCUUUAAAAUGUACAGGUUUCUAAAAGGUAUUCAUUCAGUAACCUGAAACUACAAGUUAGAACGAGAAGGACGACAAUUAUAGGCCCUCUGGCAUGCGGCCCUGCGACUCCCGUGUAUAACGCUCUAAGCAACCGAGCUACAGAGUGCAGUUGUCAAGCAUUAGCCGCACGUCCAUGCAUAUAUAGCUAUUUCAAUUAAGGUUGUCCACGAGCAAAGCGGAAACGUCGAAUACGAGCGCGAAAGGCUGCGCGUAUUCGACUUUUCCGCUUUGCUCGUGGACAACCUUAAUUGAAAUAGCUUAAUAGCUGUAUACUAAGGUGAUGCCCAUAGAUAUAGGAGACCUAGAUUGCUGACUCUAAUGUUUUCUAUAAUGCACGCGCGUGACACUCAUGAGCAUUCAAAAUGGCGGCUCAACCGGGCAAAAAUCAUAGAGCGAGAUAGGGAAAAACCAUGUUUUUUGCAUUUUGCGUCGUCCUACAGCUUCCGAUCCCGUUAUAUCACUUUAUUUUGGAAAGAACUAACUGGUGUGAAGGUUUUGGAUGAAUAUUUGUGCAAUUUAAGUUUAAUAAAGACGAAAUAAUCGAUCGCUAAAUGUUUUCUGAAAUCGUCACAAUGGUCGGUUGAGCAGUUCGAGACAUUUUGUUGCAGAAAAUAAAGGUUUUGGUUCUUUGGGUGCUUUUUUUCUCGAGGAUCUCGGUUGGGAUAUUUAACAAGGAAUAAUUCUGUGAAGUAUUUUGAAGUUAAAGCCUAUUUUACUUGAUUUAUUUGGUCUGCUGGUGCGAAAAUUCUGAUGCUCUGUUUAGUGUGACUUUGACAACCUCCUUGCUGCUGCAGAUGUCAAGGGAUCUCAAGUCUAUAGGGCCUGGACAGUGAAAAGUGAUGAAUCAAUCAGGUUUGUAGAGAGAACUAGUGACAACGAAAGUUUUCAAUGGAAACUAGUUUGAAGAAACUGCCUAAUGUGUCUGGUAUGCAUCAAAAACCUUCACAGUUAGUAUCUAGUUCUCUCCAAGAAACCUGAUUGAUUCAUCAUUGAUAAUCAAAAAUAGAUGGGACGGCAUCUUCAUUUAGAUAUUUCUUGGAUUGGCAUUUUAUUGAUUGCUCUCUGCAUUCGGCAUUCUUCCCUUUGGACACUCUCCCCUUGAGACAGCUGACCCAAGCAUCAGCACUCUCCCCUUACGAGUAGAAUUGUCUGGCGUAGCCAGAGUAAAAUAAUUAAGUAGGGCACAAAACGACUCAAUGGGUUAACUAUACACAUUUGCAGGUAGGCCAGUUAACCCAUUAAGUGCCACUGCUCUCCUCUUGAUGAGUAAAAUUGUCUGGCGUUAGACAGAGUAAAAUAAUAAAGUAGGGCACCUUGCAACACCAUGGAUUAAUAUAAUCAUCGGGUGUGAAGUAUAAUCAUCCGGUGUGAAGUGUUUCUCACACAAGAAUGAAUAUUUGAUUGGCAUUGAGUCUGCCCAUUUCAUUUUUUAGCAGGCUGGGAUUGGUUAUAGGAAAUCCAAUAGUGCAAAGGGAAAGAUGUAUUUUUGGUUCACUGAUGUGAACAAAACUAAAACAUUUUUGACUUUGAACAGGACAAGGAAAGUUGUUGUCAACAUGCAUAUAUAGAGAGAGAGACUCUCCUAACACAGACAUCAAAACAAGAAGUUCUUUUUUGGUCUAAUAUUCUUUUAUUAAAACUGUAAAUAGUUUUAUAUUGUAGCUACCAAACUCAAAACUACAUUUGUUGUGACGUUGUCAUUACAGUAUUUACAAAACAAAUUCUUUUUAUUCUAUUAUUAUUCUGUUUAUAUGAUGUAAGUUAUAGACUUAUAGUGUACAAAUAUGUGAUGUGUAUGUGUUUCAUAGACUUACUUAUGGAAGGAAAAUCGAAUAACAUCCCACGUCUGUCUUGUAGUAAUACACUGAACACGAUUCUGGCCGACUUUCAAGCAUUCUUUUCGAUAAAAAAAAACCCAGAUGGAAUAGACGCCCUAGAAUUUUCAGAUGAAAAUACUGUAUUUUGGUCGAAAUAACAAUGAAAGAACAAAAUAAACAGUAAUAGCUUUUGGAAUAGUUAGAAAUAUAUAAUAUUACUUGAGAAAAACUCGUAAAAGACUGAAGGAAUACACAGGAAGAAACUAAAGACGAAAACCGCGCGAAACUGCAGGCCUGCCCAAUCUUGCCCGGUUGAAUCGUAAUUUGUAUUAACCAUGGUAUAAAAUUGUACUGAUUGUACAAAUUUUCAUCCAAAACCUUCACACUAGUUAGUUCUUUCCAAAAUAAAGUGAUAGAACGCGAUCGGAAGCUUUAGGACGACGCAAAAUGCAAAAAACAUGGUUUUUCCCUAUCUCGCUCUGUGAUUUUUGCCCUGUUGAGCCGCCAUCUUGGAUUUUCAAAAUAUGUCACGCCGGUUGAGCCGAGUCAGCAAUCUAGGUCUCCUAUAUCUAUGGUGAUGCCAUUGUAAGGUUUCUGAGUCAAUAACAGGGUGUUGACCUUCUUACUCGAUAGAACUAAAUGUUGAGGACUUGAAGGGUUUUGUACAGGGCAGGAAAAAAGAAUUUUCUUCCUGGAAGCGCAACCUGGAGACAAAAAUUUCCUGCAGACCAACGGAGUAUUUUUGUGCUAAAUCUGCAUAGUGUUCUAGCUGACCAUGGUUUUAAAUUCAAGGAAUAAUGUCUGUCAACCACAUGUUGUUGCGCCCAUUGUGGGAUCUGGGUGUUAAGGUUUCCUUUACACCGAAUACGAAUUUACUGCAGCUGUUUAACAUUUUCUGCGAGCAGUGCUCGCGUGCUCGCCUAUUUUUUCCACUCCUGGUUUUGUAAAUGGAAAUUUCCAAAAUGUCACUCCUAUAUUUACUUAAUCCUGAGUAGCUAGUUAUGCUGGUUGCCAUGGACCAUUAGAUAUUAACAUCGUAGAAUAUCCCGUUGUUGAAUGCAUGAUAUUUAUUGUAUUAGGUUGAAGUGAUGAAGAGUAAUGUUGAAUCGAGGGUAAAUGCAUUCAAACAAAAUCUUGAUAAGUUUGCUGCUCGAUGGCAUCAGUUAAAACCUAAAGAUAUUGAUAUGGAAGGCGAUAACGAAGCUUGCGUUAACGCUGUCAAAUCUAUCAAGGAACGGAGAGCUGAAUUUAAUGAACUGGAAGAAAGCAAAGAGAAAUUAAU